UGCACCAGAUCACAUUUCUUAAUUGCUCUCUCCUCCAGCUGGGCUGACAAGCGCGAGUGAAGCUUGGAGAGGGAUUUUAGGUGGCGGCAGAGCGGAGCGGCAGAAGCGAGGGGAUAUACCCAACGGAAAUUGUAAACCAGUUGCAUCAGAUCUCGCCUGUGAUCCCAUGGAGGAGGAAGCGCGAAGCGAGAGCAGCAAUUACACUUCAGAGGACGAAGGAACCGAGGAUUACCGGCGAGGAGGGUACCAUGCUGUUAGGGUCGGCGACUCCUUUAAGCAGGGAACCUACGUCGUGCAGUCCAAGCUCGGAUGGGGCCACUUCUCCACUGUUUGGCUCGCAUGGGACACCGUCCACUCUAGGUAUGUGGCGCUUAAGGUGCAGAAGAGCGCACAACACUACACCGAGGCAGCCAUGGAUGAAAUCAAAAUCCUGAAGCAGAUUGCGGAUGGAGACCCGAGUGAUACCCAGUGUGUUGUGAAGCUUCUCGAUCACUUCAAGCAUUCGGGGCCGAACGGGCUCCAUGUCUGUAUGGUUUUUGAGUUUUUAGGAGACAAUCUUCUCACACUCAUCAAGUAUGCAGAUUACCGCGGUAUACCUCUUUCCAUGGUGAAGGAGAUUUGUAAAUACGUACUCACGGGGUUAAAUUAUUUACAUCAAAAUUUAUCAAUAAUACACACCGAUCUCAAACCAGAAAAUAUCCUUCUUCUAUCCACCAUCGACCCAGGAAAGGAUCCACGAAAAUCAACUGCUCCUCCUUACAUUCCCACCAUCAAGAAACCCGAGUCACCACUGAAGACAUCUGCUGCAUCCAAUGGUGAUCUGACGCGAAAUCAGAAGAAAAAAAUCCGACGAAAAGCAAAGCGUGCUGCGGCAGCCACAGUUGAUUGUGAGGAUGUUGCUAUAUCAGCUUCCGAUGGGACUCAGGAGAAGGUAGGUCCAUCCUUGAAAACAGAUGGUGAUGGCACAACCUGUAAUUUGCUAGGACAGACACAUAGAAGAGGAAGUCGAGGGACUAGGAAAAAGCUGGCAAUGGAGGUGGACCUAAGGUGCAAGCUGGUAGACUUUGGGAAUGCUUGUUGGACAUAUAAGCAGUUCACGAGUGAUAUCCAGACAAGGCAGUAUAGGUGCCCUGAGGUGCUCCUAGGUUCCAAGUACUCUACAUCUGCAGACUUGUGGUCAUUUGCCUGCAUCUGCUUUGAGCUAGCGACUGGAGAUGUGCUGUUUGAUCCACACAGUGGGGAGAACUAUGGUCGUGAUGAGGAUCACUUAGCACUCAUGAUGGAACUGCUUGGAAUGAUGCCUCGCAAGAUCGCGUUGGGCGGUCGCUAUUCCCGGGAGUUCUUCAACCGGCAUGGAGACUUGAGGCACAUCCAUCGCCUCCGAUUCUGGCCCUUGAACAAAGUUCUCAUCGAAAAAUAUGAGUUCAGCGAACCAGAUGCGAACGAAAUGGCCGAUUUCCUCGUACCCAUACUCGAUUUCGUUCCUGAAAAGAGACCCACCGCCUCUCAGCUUCUCCUCCACAAAUGGUUAGAUCCAGGUCCCAGAAUUCAACAACCAUCCGAUAAACUCCAGCCUUCUUCAGAUGAAACUGUUGUUUCAGAAAAGGAGAAGAGACAGCAGGAUGAAAGGGAAGCAAUGGAGGUAGGUUUGGGAAACAUAGCCAUUGAUGGAUCUUCUUCAAAGAAGAUGAAAGAUGAGAAUCAAUCCAGCAGCAGCAGUAGGCCUAAUAAGGCAGCCAUUACUUCUGCUCGGUAAUAUUUUCACACUUUUUUUUAAAUUAUUUUUCAUGUAGUUUAUCUAUGAUUUAGGGUUUGAUGCGGAAGGAGUGUGAAACGAAAGGUGUGAGAGGUUUGUGUUUCUAACAUAAGCAGCAGUUCUCGUUAGCGUAGUGGAGUGCUUGAAGUUUUUACUGGAACCGGAGGUUUUGUGGCUUGCUGGGUUGGGACAUUCUUACCAUAUAAUCAGAACGAUCAAUUCUUGGGACUUGGAAAGGGUAUGCACUUGAUUUAUUUGAUAUUUUUAUUAUUAUUUUUUUUCUAAUUGCUGCAUUCACAUA